CCUACGCUGCAGGUGCCCCAACCGCGUCAUACCCGUCUGCCGCCGCCACGAUGAACCGUGGUACGGGUGGCACAUACGAUCCUGAAGAAGAGGCACGCAUAGCUGAAUGGAACAGCGCAUACAACAGGGACGACGCAAAUGCUAAGAAGAGCGGAAACGCAAACGUCGGCAUCGCACAGUCUUCCACAGACGCAGAUGUUGGCACCACCGCAGACGGCAAGACGAAGACAGUUGUUCGCGAAGGUGGAGGCAAGCAGUGGGAGGACGAGACUCUGCUGGAGUGGAAUCCCCUCCAUCCACGAUUGUUUAUUGGUAAUUUGGCUGGCGAAGUUACGGAUGAUUCGCUUAUGAAGGCGUUCUCGAAAUAUCCAUCUUUGACGAAAGCUCGUGUAGUGCGCGACAAGCGCUCAACAAAAAGCAAGAGUUACGGUUUCGUAAGCUUCGCCGACACCGACGACUACUUCCGCGCCGCGAAGGAGAUGAACGGCAAGUACAUUGGUAGCCACCCUGUACUGAUCAAGCGGGCAACGUCAGAAGUUAAGGCUGUGACCAAGAAGGAAGACAAGCACGGUAAAUUUGGGCAGAACAAUAAGAACAACAAGAACAAGAACGGCGCUGGCAACAAGGCAAACACGGUCACAGCCGCGCCUGCGAUGACAGCUGCACUACCGUUCAUCCCGCGGGGAGUGCAGAAGAAGGGCAAGCAGAGCGGUCCAAGGGUGCUUGGCUGAGGAAAGGACGCAUAAAUUGGCUCAUGUCAAUACAACGUUCCUCAGCCAUCAUCGUGGAGAUUGCAGCUGGAACACGCUGCAAGCCUGGCUUGGCAUCGAGAAGAGAGGAAGGACUAUACAACAUGAGGGG